GAUGUUUCAGGCACGUAUUCUGCUUUUGCUGUCCGCCGGGCUGCUGGUGCGGGUCAGCACCGGCACCCCCAACGCGGCCCGUCUGUUCACAGAAGCCCUACAAGAGGACACCGGCCUGGAUAAGGACUGGACCGGCUCGCUCUUGCUCAGGCUCAUCUCCGAUCUGGCGGAGAGGGACGAAGCGCUCCCCGAGCUGGGGGUCGGCGUGGCGUUGAUGCGCCGACACCUCCCGCUUUCCCAAAGAGAGCGCAAGGCGGGAUGUCGCAACUUCUUCUGGAAAACUUUCACCUCCUGUUGACACCUCAGAAUUAUGGAUUUAACUCAUUGGUGAUAGAUUUCCAAUUUCCCUGACGAAUCCCAAUUCAUCACUCGAUCACACUCGACGUCCAUCACUGUCAAUAGAAAUUGAAUGAGCAAGCAUGCAUUAAUGUUUGGUGUUUCGUCAGAUUUUUCUCAUGUCAAAUAUGUGCCUUGGACGUUUUUACUAAGGGUUGUACUCACGUUCGAUGUCGAUGUUGCAAAGUGUCAUUUCUCCUGUGCUUUCACAUGAAAAGGUGAAAUAAAAAACAAACUUAAACAUAAGGAGUGUAGCUAGCUAGCUUUGUGUUUUAUUCAACUUUGCACUUAAUCAAGUGAAUUAAU